CAUCAUCAAAACCCACCGUUUCGGUUAACACUUUCCAAUACAAUAAUCACUAACUGAAUAUUCGAUCGGAGAUGUCUGCCGCCGCCGAAGAAGCUAACGCUCCCGCCGUCGAAAAGCCGGUUGAGGAGGUGAAGGCGCCGAACCCCGCGAAGGAGAAGAAACCUAAGGCUCCGAAGGAAAAGAAGCCAAAACAGGCCAAAACAGCUUCACAUCCUCCAUAUUUUCAGAUGAUUAAGGAGGCUUUGAUCGCUUUGAACGAGAAAGGAGGAUCGAGUCCUUAUGCGAUAGCGAAGUACAUGGAGGAGAAGCACAAGGCGGUGCUCCCUGCGAAUUUCAAGAAGAUUCUAGGUCUGCAACUAAAGAACCAAGCUGCGAGAGGGAAACUCGUGAAGAUCAAGGCUUCGUACAAGUUAACCGAAGCCGCGAAGAAGGAGAACACCGCCAAAGUGACGAAGGCCAACGCUGAGAAAAAGGAAUCGCGUCCAAAACGAAGCAAAACCGCAACCGCCGCUGCUCCGAAGAAAACCGAGGCGGUUAAAAGGGCAGCGAAGAAGGUAGUGCCGAAGAAGACGAAGAAAGUGUCGACGCCUGCGAAGCCCAAGCAGCCCAAGUCCAUUAGGUCUCCGACCAAGAGGGCCCGGAAAGCAGCUGUUGCUGCGGCUUGAUAUUUGUCUUGUUUAGUUAAAACUAUGACAUAUAUAUGUAGAUAUGAAAAGGUGUGGGUGUGGGUGUAUGUGUGUGCCUUGCUGCACAAUCUUGAAGAAAGUUGUGUAGUGUAGGAUGGUAGAUAGUUUAGUGUUCUGCAAUGUUCGCUCUAAUAAGUGAUCUAAUGGAGACGAGUUUUACUGUUUUAAAUCA